AUGGGCCGAGGAAAGAGAGCACCGGGUAGAGGUACUGGAUCGACUGAGGUGAGGCAGCCUACUUUAGUCUACGCUACUAGUAGUCGUGAGGACAAAGAUGCUUCGGACGUCAUUAUGGACAUAGGCUCUAUACACUCAUACAUAGCUAGUACUGUGUCUGAAACCUUAAGCAUUCCGGUUGAGAGUACUUCUAGCGAGGUAACUGUUGCGAGUUCGUUAGGAGAAUCCAUCCAAGUAAGUAAACUGUUUAGAAACGUUCCAUUAGAGAUCCAAGGGAUAGUAUUUCAGGCUGAUCUAAUGGAGCUUUCGUUUGGGGAGUUCGAUUUGAUAUUGGGGAUGGAUUGGUUGGUAAAGCACCGAGUAAGUCUGGAUUGUGGGACAAAAAGGGUUGUGUUGAGGACUGAUGAGGACAACGAGUUGGUUCGAAAAGGAUGUGAGGCAUUCUUGGCCUACGUCAGUAUUUCUGAUUCGAGAGACUCUUUUGUUAAGGAUAUCAAAACUGUAAGAGAUUUUUCAAAUGUCUUUCCUGAGGAGUUAUCGGGGUUGCCUCCGAGCCGUGAGGUAGAGCUUGGGAUUGAGUUGAUUCCUGGUAUAGCUCCAGUGUUUAUCGCCCCUUAUCGAAUGGCACUGAAAGAGCUGGUGGAACUUAAGACUUAG